UUCGCGACCGGUGUGAACCCGGCGUUACUACUUCUAAAGCCUGCCCUCCCGGUUCCACAUCUCCAUUCUUACCACAGUGUUUAAAUAACUCUACGGCAGCUCUUGAACAUCCCCCUUCUCUCUCUCACACACACACACACACACACACACACACACACACACACACACACCCCGACACAAACUCGCACACACACUGACCACGGAGACAUCCGCAUGUUCUAAAGUUGUCAAACAGUUACGUUUGCUCUUUGCGCACAUAACUUGGUUCUGCCUGUGUUUUGCGCAAGGAGCUUUGAGGUGAGAUCCGAUUUCCAGUGAACUUCGGACUUGGCUUGAACUCAUUUGAAUCGCGGAGGCAACAUUCAGCCAUGUCCGACCCACCUGUUGUCAUUUGGGAAGACGAAGUCAGAGAGAUGCUGACUUACAGCGCCCUGGUGCCGCGCCUGGAAGAGGCUCUGGGUCAGUUCUCCAGGCGGGACAGCGCUGAGGUGAUCCAGCCGGUUCGCACCACAGUGGCCCUGCAGAAACACCGCGGGUUCCUGGGGCUGAUGCCUACCUACAUGGAGAAAGUUGGAGUCCUGAGCACAAAGUUUGUGUGUUUCUACAACAGGGAGGCUGGUUCCACUCUGCCAGCCACGCAGGCCACAGUGGUGCUGCUGGAUCCAGAGUAUGGGAAUGUCAAAGCUGUCAUUGAUGGAGAGGUCAUCACAAGCAUGAGGACAGCUGCAGUCUCUGCAAUCUCUGCCAAGCUGCUGAUGCGUCCAGAGGCCGAGGUGCUGGCCAUCUUGGGGACCGGCAUCCAGGCCCUGAGUCAUUACAAUGUCUUCACUGAAAUGUUCUCCUUUAAAGAGGUUCGUGUGUGGAGCCACACGGAAGAGAGAGCUGAGAGGUUCAGGGACUCGGUCCGGGGUCCUGUGAUGCUUUGUGUCUCAGCAGAGGAGGCGGUGAGGGGAGCGGACGCCAUAGUGACAGUAACCAGAUCUACUGAGCCGGUACUGUUUGGUCAGUGGGUCAAACCAGGAGCCCACGUGGCAGCAGUUGGAGCCUGUAGGCCGGACUGGCGGGAGCUGGACGACGUGUUGAUGAAGGAGGCCGUGGUGUACGCUGACAGCAGAGAGGGAGCGAUGGCCGAGUCCGGUGACGUCAUUCUCUCUGGGGCGGAGAUGUUUGCAGAGCUUGGAGACGUUAUUAAUGGGACUAAACCCGCUCACAGAGAGAAGACAACUGUGUUCAAAUCCCUCGGAAUGGGAGUUGAGGAUGCAGUGUCUGCCAAGCUGGUGUUUGACCAAUGGAAAGCCAAACACAGCCAACCAUGAAGUAACCUUGCUUUGCAGUCUCUGGGUUUUACCCCUGCAUCACACAAGCUGAAGUCCUGCUGUAUAACCUAACUGAUCAUCAACAUAGAACUGUAUAUUUAAAGCUGCGGUAACAAGUCGAUAGAUCAUAUUGUCAAUUAACAGAAAACUUUUCUAAGCAUGUUAAUGUUUUUCUAUAGCAUCAAAUAACAAAAAAGUAACACUUGAAUAUACAUAUGUUAUUAGAACUACCUAAAAUGACAGAAACUCCGUUUAAGAAAGUCAAAGUAUUCACAUAUACUUUGACUUUUUUGUUUGUGCAUGCACCAUCUGCUAACAUGGAGGAGGCAGGGGUUAAUGCCCUCUCCUGCAGCCAGGUACAAGGGGGCGAUCAAGAUGAGUUGGCUUCACUUAUGGUAGCAGUCGUGUUGUCCAAUCUUUAUAUACAGUCUACGAAAUGUGUCAACAUUUGCUAUUUAGCAUUGAAUGUCACAAUUUUCUAAUAUUUUAUGUGCUAAAUAAAAUUUGUUGCACUCUUAAA